GGAGGUCUCGCGCCGGAGACAUGGUGACAGCACCGUGGAAAAAGUCGCAAGCUUUUCUGAAGGAAUAAUUAUCGAGUUGCUCCUGCUUCACUGUAGAGGACACCAAUGGGGAACUCCUAUGCGGGCCAGCUGCGGAACACACGCUUUGAGGAGGUUCUCCAUAACUCCAUCGAGGCGUCUCUGAGGUCCAACACAGUAGUGCCUAGACCCGUCUUCUCACAGCUGUAUCUGGAGACGGAGCCACCGCUGGCCCAUGAUGGUCGUACAGAGAAUGAUGAUGAGGAUGAUGAAGAUGGGUCAGAUUCGAACAGUCCUCCUAUACCCUAUCAGAUGAAGCCCCCACCUGAGGGAUGCUGCACUACAGAUGGGUUCUGUCAGUCAGGCAGGGAUCUGCGUCUGUCCUCGCUCGCAUCAGACCCCUUUGAUGUUCCUGCUGGGUUCAUGCUGGUUGGGGUGAAAUCCCCCUCUCUCCCAGAGACCCUACUGGUCUGCGCUGUAGACCGCCGCUUCCUGCCAGAUGAAAGAGGCCACAAUGCACUGCUAGGUUUCUCUGGGAAUUGUAUAGGCUGUGGAGAGAAAGGCUUUCGUUACUUCACAGAGUUCUCCAACCACAUAAACCUGAAGCUCAGCACACAGCCAAAGAAACAAAAGCACUUGAAGUAUCAUCUAUACAGAAACAACCAGGGCCUUCUUGUCAAAGGAGCUCCCAUCUUCUGGAGGGGACACGAGUGCAGGAUAAGACGGAUUGGGGUCAGCCUGUCGGAAGGUCACGUGACAUCGGAUGAGCAGCCGCCAAACAUCGCUCUGGCUCUCCCAUCACACACAACAAGUGGCUACUCAGCAGGACCACAUGUGGACACAACUGCUCCUCCACAAAUAGCUGAUGUCCCCUCCUCACUGACAAAUGGCAACCAUGCUGUUCCUUCCUCCACCACACAGCCACCUUUAAACCAGUCAGGGCCUGGGAGGCCUUCAGCAACAGGUCCACCUACAAAUGCUGGUCCCCCAAAAAAGAGGCACAAAGGCUGGUCACCUGAGUCAUCUGCCAACAGUCAGCCAGAGAGUGCUGUGAAGACACCGCCAUCUUCAUCCACCUUACCAGCAAUACCCCCGACCUCUGUCCUACCUAAUGGAGCCAGACCAGAGAUUGCUGCCCCACUUAGUUCACCGCAGGGGUCCUUAACCCCAAUUUCUCCCCCAGAGCUGUCUGUCAUGAUCCCUGAUCAGCUGCUACAAACCUGCAGACUGCAACCUGUCAUAUUUAAAGGUCAUGGCCCUCUCCCCCAGCUGACUGGCAAUGUCAGUGAAGUGCUCAUCAGUUCAUUGCUCCAGAGCUGUUAUCUGAGCUCCCAGACUCUCCCCAGAGUCUACCAGCACUACGGACCAUCACCCAUUCAGCCUUUGUCCACUGAGAUGCAGAUUCUUCUCACGGUCUACUACCUUGUUCAGCUAGGUCCAGACCAGGUGCCCCUCAUUGAGGACUUGGAGCAGAUAUUCAUGAGGUCAUGGAGGGAGUCACACCUUAGCGAGAUCAGACAGUACCAGCAGCCUCAAACAGCUGCUACCCAAGGGAGACACUAUGGCAUAGAGACCCCAUCCACCCUGCCUGGCCUCCCACAGCAUCUCUCCUUACCUCCCCAGGGCCAGCAACCUCUGAGCCCCAGCCAGCUUCCCUGGCUGGCCCAGCUGGCUGCAUCGUCUUGUGGAGAGGGCGUGGUGGUUAUAGGGGAGCAGAUAGGAUCUUUGGCUCAAGGCAUCCAGCAAACAUUCUGCAAGUUAAUGGAAGGACGACUUGAAAACACUAACUAUGUUGUCGUUAUUGUCACUGCACCUGGACAGGAAACACAGUCCUGUGUGGUAGUUACAGGUAAACACCAAUGUCGGGCUUUGGCAGAGAGCAUGUACUCUCCCAGUGAGGGACUAAAAGAAAUAAACCACCAGCUCUCCACUGGUGUGGCCCAGGAACUCAUCACCUACUGCAACUGCCUUGGACAAGACGGUGAUAUGAACCACCUACUAGACAGUGCCACUGUGGACAGCAACGAGCCAUCUCCCAUGUCGAGUAGUCAUGAGUCAACUGAGGACAGAAGUCUAAAACCCAGGCACAGUCCCAAAGAUGCACAGAGUCCAAAAGAUUUACAAACACAAGGUUCAAAAGACUCACCAAGCAAUAAGGAGGGUGCACCAAGUCCAAAAGACACCUGUUCAGAAUACUCCGUAGAUUGGCGUGAGGUUCGGCCCAUCCAGCUGGCAGUGGCCAGAAAGCUGUUGUCCCAUGUUUGUGCAAUAGCAGACUCCAGCACUCAGAACCUGGACCUAGGCUCAUUUGACAGGGUCAGUUUCCUCAUCCUGGUCCCGCCCUCUGAGGUCACGUUUCAGCAGACUGUUCUCCACCUCUGGAGCUCUGGUGUCCUUCAAGAGCUUGGUGGUUUAGACCAGGAGUGUUUGUCCCAGCAGGAGGCUGAGCGUUAUGUGGUGAAGAUGGACCAGAGCGCUCAAGUACGGAUAGACAGCUUGAUUCAGGAAGCACACAGAAACUCCUACACACUUUACAUCCUAGUCCACGACCAUGCCCACCGGGACAUUAACAGUGCAUCCUGCAGCAGCUCUGAGGGCAGUUUGGGUCUGGUUGACCAGCUGUUAAACUCCAGACAGGUCCGAGAUGCUCCAAACAUCCUUAUUCUCCAUGUCACCUCCUUUCCCUUCACCCUGCAGACACAGUAUACACGCAUCAGCCCUUACAACGAGAUCCACUGGCCUUCUGCGUUCAGUAAUGAUGUGGACCUGUACCAUGAGAGGACGAGGUACUUUGGCGUGUCAGAGCUUUUAGAGUCAACACGUUCAGGGAGCAGCCUGCCUCUAAUGCGUUGUGAUUCAUCCUUUGAAAGCAUGGUGUCUGCUCUGGAAGAGAGGUUCCCAAAGCUGCACAGCGCUGUGAUCCGGACUACAGUUUUGAUCCAACACUACUGCGUAGCUCUGAUGGCUGCAUCAGGCCGAAUCAGCAGCUCCCAUAACCUCCACAAACACACAUCUGUGGAGACCCUGGAGAUUGUACAAUCACUGCUCACGGCUGCCCAGCAAUGUCCUGCUCACCAUGGUCACAUGGUCCUGCUGCGAAUCCCCUCUCUGGCUCUGGCAGCCUGGGCCCACAGACGGCUCUCCAGAGUUAGGAGGCAGCUGGGUCUGGAGGGGAGUUUUGAAAUCAUCAUGGGGAAUCCAAACCAGGCUCUGUCUAUUGGACAGACCUUCAUCGAUCAGAUCAAGACAUGGCUAAAGAUCCAGGAUGCUGAAUGGGUUCCUCGGACCUACCUGGAGCUGGAGGCCCUUCCCUGUAUACUGAUUUUGUCAGGAGCUGAGCCACUGGGAGAAUCCCUGCCCAGAUCAGUGAAGUACUGUGAUCUUAGGGUGAUUAGCUGCUCCUACCUCCAGAGAACCACUCUGGAACAAGAACUAGGCCUGGCUGCUUAUCUUGUGAAAGCAGAGUCACGACCCCCACACAACCCUGGACCAGGAAGUGACCAGCUGGAGAGCGAUGCUGAGAAACUCAGCAGUACUGACAAUGAGGAGGAGGAGGGGCAGGAGAAUGAAGACUCCCCUCUAUCAUCCAGUCAGCAGCUUCGGUCUGGCCCAGACAGUGGAGCUUCAGAUCCCUUUCCUGCGCAAAGCACCACCUCUCCAAAUGUUCAGAAAGGCACCAAUGAAACUAUAAAAUCUCCCUCACCAUCACAGACUCAGUUUCAACCACAGCCACCAUCUCAGUCUUUUCUGUAUCCUCCUCCUGCGCUACACCACCAAACCCAAUCUCAUGUGCAGAGUUACUCCCAUCCCCAGCCUCAGCCCCAAUUCCAGAGUCAAAAUCAGUCAUUAUCUCAAACAUUUCCCCAACAUAACUCCCAAACAGCUUUACAGCACCAGUCCCUCUCCCAGAUGCAAAUACCUCAUCCUCAACCACAGCUGCUUCCCCCUGCACAGUCUCGACGCCAACACUCAAAAUCCACCUCAUCUGGGUCCUUGUCCCCCCGAGCCUCCUCUCCUCAUUUGAGCUGCUCCUGGGCUCGCGGAGUGAGUCGACCGCCUUCUGUGCUCCUCCCUCGUGCCCUCUAUGAUGUCAUCACAGCCAGUGACAGCAGCGGACUUCCACGAUGCACAACGUUCCUGCCACACAUGUCUGUAGCAUGGGCCAGCAGCUUUAGGCCUUUGCUGAGUAAGAUGAUGACAUGCACUGAACAGUCACUGUACUACCGCCAGUGGACCGUCCCACGCUCCUACCACAUGGACUGCAGCAAUCGCACUGAAGGAAGGAGUGACAACUUUCACCCUCGCAGACUGCUGCUCAGUGGACCCCCACAGGUGGGUAAGACAGGAGCAUACCUGCACUUCUUGGGUAUUUUAUCUCGGAUGCUGAUCAGGCUGAUGGAGGUGGAUAUCUACGAUGAAGAAGACAUCAACUACAGUACCCAGGCAGAGGGAGUCCAGUACCACCCACCCAGUGCUCGCUGGCCCAACCCAGACAUCAUGAAGAUGAUUCCUUUUGACUACACCAUCCAUGACCCCAAAUAUGACGACAUCAGCUCCGUCUAUUGCCCUGAGUAUAAACCUGGUACUGAAGGAAACCCAUUGCGCCAGGAGGAUGUGUACCUUCGAAGGCGAACAUCCAGGAUCAAGUUGUCUAAAUAUGCAGCCUACAAUACCUACCACCACUGUGAACAGUGUCAUCAGUACCUGGGCUUCAACCCCAGAUACCAGAUGUAUGAGUCAACACUGCAUGCCUUCACAUUCACCCAUCUACUGCUCGGAGAAGAGAUACAGCUUUACUUCAUCAUCCCAAAGUCUAAAGAGCAUUACUUCAGCUUCAGCCAACCAGGAGGCCAGCUGGAGAGCAUGAGACUGCCUCUCACCUCGGACUGGAGCCCAGAUUGCAUCAAGAGCCCAAUCUUCACCCCGACCACUGGUCGUCAUGAGCAUGGUCUUUUUAACUUGUACCAUGCUAUGGACGGAGCAUCACACCUGCAUAUUCUGGUGGUCAAAGAAUAUGAGAUGGCUGUGUAUAAGAAAUACUGGCCUAAUCACAUCAUGCUGGUGUUGCCCACUGUCUUCAAUGGAGCUGGAAUAGGUGCUGCUCACUUCCUAAUAAAGGAGCUCUCAUAUCACAACUUGGAGCUGGAGCGCAGUCGGCGUUUGGAGGGCGGAGCCCCAGCAGGUGAUGUCUGGCCUUUCAUCAUAGUAGCCGAUGACUCCUGCGUUAUGUGGAACGCUGUGGAUCUCGACGCACAAAGUGGUGCAGUGGAACAUGCUGUGUCACUAAAGCAGGUCCUUCAGCACAUGGAGGCCUGUCCAGACCUGGCACACUACGGACUCUGUGGGAUCAGGAAGUGGAGCAGCCGGGGACCCACAGAAAAUCCAAAGAGAGAGCCAUUCUCAAGAGGUCACCUUCAUGACUUCCUCCUCCUCAAUGUCGACCGCAGUCAGAACGUACAGUAUGACCAGAACCGCUUCACAUGUCACGAUGUGGACUUCACCCUGAGGCUGCACAGUGCAGGACUGCUGGUCUGCAGGUUUAACAGCUUCAGUGUCAUGAAGAAGCAGAUCGCCAUCGGAGGUUACAGAACAUUCAUCAUCAAGACCAAGAUGACAGAUGUUCCCACCUCGGUGGGGCCGUCACAGUAUGUCUGUGCUCCAGACAGCAAGCACCUUUUUCUGGCCACACCAGCUCAGCUGCUCCUGGAAAAAUAUCUCCAACACACCAGCCAGAAGCUGUUUCCCCUCAGCGCCAAGAACUACACACACCCUGUCCUAUCUGUGGACUGUUACCUCAACCUGGGACCUGAGGUGACGGUGUGUUUUGUGAGCUCCAGACCUCACUCUGUCAACAUCAGCACCACAGGACUGCUCUUCAGUGGCCUGCUCCUUUGUUUUGCUGACUCCUUUGUGACUGCUGGGUUUCUCAAGAAGUUCAACUUCCUUAAAGGUGCGACUCUGUGUGUCAUCGGUGCAGAUCGUAGCUCCUUGAGGCAGACAGUUGGCAGGCUGGAGCUUGAGGAGGAGUGGAGGUUUAGGCUCAGUGACGAAUUCCAGACUGCAAACGCCAAGGAGGACAGACCUCUUUUCUUCCUGACUGGAAAACAUAUAUAA